AUGUACCCAGAGAAGCUGACACUGGGAAUGGAAUUGAGAGACAAGGUUACAGAAUUUGUUAGACAAAGGAUAGCUGCCCUACGACAGCAGCAUCCCGGGCAAUACACAAACAUUAGCUGUGUGCGCUCGAAUGCACAAAAAUACUUGCCAAACUACUUUCGGAAAGGCGAGCUGGAAAAGAUGUUCUUCCUCUUCCCGGAUCCCCACUUCAAGGUGUCGAACCACCGGCGACGAGUCAUCAGCAACAACCUUGCUACAGAGUAUGCUUAUUUUUUACAGCCAGGAGGGACAAUCUACACCAUCACUGAUGUGCCGGAGCUUGGGCAAUGGAUGAAGGACACUUUGGAUGAGCACCCUUUGUUCCAGCCAUACACUGAAGAGGAGUUGAGGGAGGACCCCGUUGUUGACAUUCUUGCUGAGACGUCGGAAGAGGGACAAAAGGUGCACAGAGCGGGGGGCCAGACGUACAAGGCGGUUUACAGACGGGUGCUUGGAGAAGAGGAGCGAUAA